AUGGCUGUCGCAGGUUCAGCUUGUGCUCUCGGCAUCUUAGCUGUGGACCCAUUCCGACUUCGUACCGUCCAUGCUGAUGCUCCAGCAAAUGAAGAAAAGCUUACUCCUCCACCACGAAAAGAUUUGCCCGUUUACAAAAAAGAAGAGAUUAAGAAACAUGGGAAAAAAGCGGAGAGGAUAUGGGUGACGUAUAAGACGGGAGUAUACGAUGUCACUGACUUUGUUGGGUUACAUCCUGGUGGUGAGAAGUUGCUCCUUGCUGCAGGAGGCUCUGUUGAGCCUUACUGGGCUCUUUAUGCUCAGCAUAGGACGGAAGCGGUUAUGGAAAUACUGGAGGAGCUUCGAAUUGGUAAUUUGGAUCCUAGUGAAGUUGAAGAAGUGAAAGAAACCGAUGCUUCUGAUCCAUAUGCAUCAGAACCUGAGCGCCAUCCGGCGUUGAUUGUCGAUCAGCAACGUCCAUUCAAUGCUGAAACGCCACCAUCUCUACUUGUGGAUCAUUUUCGAACGCCAAAUGAGCUAUUCUUCGUUCGAAAUCACAUGCCUGUUCCUAAGGUUCCGCAUUUAAAAUUUCAUCUGUGCAUGUUUUACGUUUUU